CACCACCAGACCAGCAACGUCAUGCUGCCCCCCACCUCCCCCAACGGCCUUCCAGUCGGCCAAACCUCCCCGGCGAACCGCCGGCAGCCCCUGGGCUAUCUUGGUCCUGGGGCCGUCCCGACCAGGCGCGGUCUUAGCGUGCAGCAGCAACAGGACAGGGCAACGGCGGCGGCGGCGGGGGGGAAGGAGCAGGGAAUGGACGCCACGCGGCUAUCGUCUCCGGUUUUGAUCUCGCGGAGUAAGCGGGGCGGCGGCGUGGCCGGGCAAUCGCUGCGGCAGCAGCAGCAGCAGCAGGGUGGUGGAGCGAUGCCCGGUUCGCCGCUACAGCCGCAGCAGCAGCAGUUCAUGGUGAUGCCUCGGGGCAGCAAGUUCUUCCGUUCCCUGCCGAAAACUCGCAGAGGAAGCUGGGGCGGGUACGACCGCACCCGCUACCUGCGACGCACGCGCUUCGACUCCAUCCCCGAAGAGGUGCCGGAAGAGGACUGUGACGACGACGACUACGACCAAGAGACGUCGUCCGACGCGGGUUCGAAGUCGACCGUGGGCGACGCGGACAGCCGAAGCAAGACCCUGCUCAGUUCCAUUUCCUUGUGAGCUGAGUAGCCCGAGGCACGUGCCGCGUUAGAACCCUCAUCCGCAGUGACAAGCACCCACGCGUGUCUAGGACGAGGAGGUGCAAUGACGAGGUGAAAUAGAGGUUGUUCUCCCUGGUUUCGUUUGUCUUCUUUUUCCUCUGUUGUCAAUUUAACCGUUUGGAGGACUGGCCUGUGUCUCGGAAGACGCUUACGUUCGAUGAUGACGUCUUGAAGCAUGGGGAUGGGCGAGGAAGACGACUUAAUUGGCGACCUGGGAGCGAGCAGGGCGCACAUCCUAAACGGCGGAGUUGUGGACCGGGUUUUGGAGGCCAUGCCUGUUGUCGGGUUGUUGGUGUGCUGCGCGCGCGUGAGUUGUGGAAGUAGUUAGGGCGCCGCUGCAUGGGUGGUUUUGGGCGGCGGGCGUGUUGAGGGCGGCACAGCCCGUGCUUAUUACUACGCAGACGUGGGCACCGUCCUUGGUGUGUCAAGGUGCCACCAUUAGCAGUAGUUUGGGGAGGGAUUUUUGGGGUGGGGGGGUAGUGGGGGGAAGGGUAGAUCCUGUUUAAUAGAGGGGAGGGAAAAUAGUUGACAAACGACAUUCCUCCUGGACAGCAGAAAAUGUUGCGCAAUAAUCAAGCAUGUACGGUAUGCGUAUUUUUCGGUGUGUGUGGGUAUGGUAGGGGGUGGCGGUGUGGUACAAGCGCAAGGUAGAAUACGCGGUCGUUUUGCUUCGUUUUUGGGCUUUUUUUGAGAUGCGGUGUUCUUCCUCUGCUGCGUUGACGUGUUGUCUGUGUGCAACUGGUAAAUAACCCACGCAUAUGCGCUGGUUCGAACUGGUUUUGUCGCAUCCGCCGGGUGCAUUAGUUGACACCCCGCGCGCUGCCCCACCGUCGAGUGUGGGAAACGGACGGAGCCGAACACGGUUCGUUUCGUCGAUUUGACUACCACAUGUUGGUGUGUGUUGUGUAUUUGCUUCCGGCUUGGCGUGUGGUACACGCACGGCGCCGCGCCGCGCCUGCUAGACCACCGGGUGCCUCCGCGGAAAUAUGGAUCUCGAGAGAGGCGGUAAGAUAAAUCUUGCUCGCCAACCACCACGCUCCUCUUUCGGCGCCCCUUCCGUAUUUUGGACUUUUUUUUUUGGCACACACACGUGCACUCGAGCGUGUGAUGGGUCUGGCGUUUCUGCUCUCGCGUGCAUGAUUUGUACAAGUUUAGGAGGAUGGGCGUCUUUUUUGGGGGGUGGGGUACGGAUAACUAUUUUUUUGAGGUUUGGCAGGCUGCCCUCAAUUUUUGCCUUGAGUUUUUUCCACCGGGCGGGUGCCCAGCAAGCGGUUUCACGCCCUUUUAGUUAUUGCUGGUAAGAAUGUGAAUUUUUCUGGUACCUUUGUCUGCGUAACGUGGCGUCGUUUGCUGAACCGUGUGGCAUAUCUCACAGCAAGUGCCGUGCCUUUUUUUUUCGCCCUUAGCCGUUAGCUACUUAGCCGUCAAGGGUAAAAAAGUUCAGAAAACCAAUGACUUUUUGCCGAUAAAAAUCCUUGGUAGCUAGUUUUCUUUUUCGUGGAAGCAUUUUAUCCGGACAGCACACAGGGUGAGUGUGCGCACGAGGGCAAUCUCGCGAGAGCUUUGUUCUCAGUCGGUGAAUUAUUUUCAUGUUUUGGCUGGUCGAAAUGGCCGUUUCUUAGGCAGUUACUCCUCCUAGGCCAGGCGGCGAGACGCAACAGCCGUGAGAAGACGAGGCAACCCGGACGCUGUGGUGUACAGCGCGACCGGAGAGUAGAACGAUCCAACAUGUGUAGUUUCGAGAGCCGUACGCGGUGUGUAUGUGGGUGAUGCACUGCUCCGUACUUCUUGCUCGUUGUUGGUUGCUUUUCCCCUCUUCGUGCGCGUCGCGCCGUGUCGUGUCGAAUCUAGCGUGAGUUUUGGUCUGUGGUGGCAAGCAAGGCCGGAGUCGUUUGUUCGGAUCUCGACAGGUCGACAUGGAGUGUGUGUGGUGUCAUGGGUUUGCGUGUGUCGCGAAGCGCUUCGCGUAGCAAAAACAAAGAACGUAGUUUUACCGCCCCUUCUAUCUCUAGAUUCUCCGUUUUUGUUUCAGAGAGGCCCAGCAUGGGCAGUGCGUGUGUAAAGGUAGGGGGGGGGGGGGGGGGGGGGGGGAACCGGGCGUAGUUACUGGGCAAAAAAAAAAUGAAAAAUACUCCGUGGUGUCGGUAAGAAUCAGGGGUCGUCGGGAAAAGGGGGAUAACGUGAAUGUCCACUCAUGGGCAGACAUUUUCCUACCGGCACCUUGAGCUGGCUAUCCUUGUAGGGAAACUUGGAAGUCUCCCAGGCGAGCAGUAUAGGUAUGUGGCGCGCGAAGACAAGACAGGGGGCAGGGGUUUGGAGUUGGAGCGGAGUAAGGGACGUUCGGCGGGUCAAGUCUGGGUGUGCAUCCAGUUAGUUGGGCAACGUGUGCGGUGGGCUUGGUGCUGUUCUCGGCUAUUCUUGAAUCGUUUCUCUCCCCCUUACCGUACGCGUGAACGUGUGCAUUCGAUAACUCAGUACAUAUUGCACGAAACAGGGUCAAUAGUUGGUGAUUGUGUGUAUUCUUCUCGCCGGAGUUGGUCCGUCGUAUGUCAAGUGUAAGCGCGUUCGUUGUAUGUUUUUUUUUUUGGCAAAGUUGUUGGUAGUGAUGCACUCGAGCGUGAAAAGAGAAUGGAUGAGAUUUAAUUUUGUGUAGGGCCACUCGUUCUGCUUGAGUCUCAUUCGGGAUGACCCAAAACAAGAUUACAUCGCGUGCAUGGAAAACCUGUCGUUCUUUCAUGAGGUUCCCUUGUUUCUGAUUGCUCACUUUCGCUUUAUUGUCAAGUGUGUUUGGGCGGCCGGAUGGGCGUGGGGUUGUGGGAUGCACGGUACAGGUGUAGGUGGGUGGUAUCUCACGGUGGUUCGUUCACGCGCGUGCGUAACCUAUAUGUUUGUAGCAUAUAUGAGUGGUGUUUGUUUACGCGGUGUAGUGAAGUUUGUUCAUUACUCGAUGUGACUCCGAACUUUUGUGCUAAAAUCAUUCGAUAUCAUGCCUUUUUUUGCGUGUUUUCGUUCGGGAUUCAGUCGGGCAUGUCCUCAACAUAGCAUAGCGCUAGGUACCUAAUGUCACGGUAGAGAAAGGUCGAUGUCGUCUUUAAUAGAUGAGAUCGGGAAGUGGGUGUCGGUUUUAUACAUCAGAUCGCUUGGUCGAGCGCGAGCAUAGCAGGUUGAUCCAUGUCUCUUUUUCUUUUUAGUGAGAUCGGGUGGUGGGGGGGUUGUUGAUUAAAGGAGGUGGUGGGAAAGAGAGGGCGACACAGCGACAAGCUGGCUCUUCUUUGUUAGGUAGACUAAAAAAGUACGGGCGACAUACAAGGAAAAGGUAUGCUUGUAUGGAACGUACUGGUAUGUGUCUUGGCGAAGAUAAUGUAUGAAGAAGCAAAGGAGGAGGAUGUUGGAGAUUUUCGCUGCUGAUGAUGCCGUUGUUGUUGUUGACAACGUCCUCCUUGUUUCUCCACGA